AGGUAACACGCCGCGAGCAGUUCAUUUGAUAACAGCAACAGCGAGCAGCCGCCUUGCACAAAAACGGUCAGCGGCUUCGCGGUCAAAGUUAAACAUGGCGGCCAAACGUAAGGUAGAGGAUGACAUUGAUCUUGAAAAUAUAUCAACUUUGCAGCCUAAAAGGCAGGGAACUACAACAACACACGAAAAAACGACUGUUCAUAGCACGGAUUCUUCAUUUUUCCCACAGUUUUACGAACAACGCGGUCCUUGGAUAGCUAUGUUCGACUGGAAUAGUGGACUCUACUACUAUCAAAACAUUAGCGAUUAUAGAACUCAAUGGGAGAAACCGACUGAGUGGGAUUCUAUUCAUCCUCUGUUUAUUCCAGCGAACCAAUAUUAUUAUCAAGGAUUUUAUAACGGAACAGCAGAUGGUACAACGAACAAUGAUCAUCCGAAGGAAAAUGUAAAACAAACUGCCACUGAUUUAGAAGCUAAGGUUGAGAGACUGCUAACGAGGCCAGCUCGUCGACAGAUCGAUCCUGAAGAAAAAGAAAAGUUGCACUGGAUUCCCGAAGGGGCCACAGAGUACAAUAUAUGGUACGAUCGAUGGGUAGGAGAACACUGGCGGAACGACAAAGAUCACGGGCCAUCGGAGACGAAAUGCUGCAUAGAAACAGAUGCAGGAUUCACCAAGGCAAAUAUUUAUGAUCCUGGUGGAAACAAGCAUUAUUACUGCAUUUAUUUUGCCAAAGGCUCUUGUCAUCUGGGUUCUGAAUGUGGUUAUCUGCAUGUUAUACCUACUGAUAAAGAUGAUAAGAGAAUCGAUCUAGCCCAUGAUGUUUUUGGCCGAGAACGUCAUCGACUUCACAAGGAAGACAUGGGAGGGGUUGGUACAUUUGACAAAGAAUGUAGAACACUUUACGUAGGAGGCCUGGGCUGUCGAACAACUCUGGAGAAACUUUUGUGGAAGGAGUUUGGGGAGUGGGGUGAAAUUGAGGACAUAAGAAUAAUACACAAACGCAACAUAGCAUUUGUACGUUACAAGAACAGAGUAAAUGCUGAAUUUGCGAAGAUUGCCAUGUCAGAUCAAAAGCUGGACAACAGAGAGUUGCUGAAUGUACGGUGGGCUUACGACGAUCCGAAUCCAAAAGCACGAAGAGAGGAGUUGUUGCGAUCUAAACAUAGAGUGCUUGAGGCGGCCACAGAACGAGGGUUACUUCAGAAAGCUCUGUCACGUCCCACUCAGCCAUCAGGUGCUCAGGUAACAGGGCCUUAUCCGAACACAGACAAUCAGUACCCUGUGGAAUCCGGCCCUUUGACAAGGGAGCAAGUUGAGCAGGCCGAGGUUCUCCAAAAUGUUUACACAGAUUGUACGAGGUUAGACGAAGCCCUCAAGAAAGUAGAGGCUCUCUAUCCUGAAAACACAAAGAAAAGUGAUGAAGAAACCACUCAGCUUUCUGAAUACAGCAACAAUGAAAAUGGUCAAACCUCAGAGGCAUAUUGGAAUUGUUCUGAUUAUUAUAAUGGGUGUAGUAAUUACGAUUACGGACAGGCGUGGGACUAUUCACAUCAUAAUUUUCAGACUGAAGGUUACUCUACCGAAGAUCCUUACAGGAAAGUUAUCUUAAGCAAAGAAGCAGACUCAGAUUCACCUUCUAACAGCUAAGAUUCUGUAUCCACGAAAAUAUCAAUGUUCGAACAAAUCUCUCGAGUAUCGACCGAUCGAUCUCGUAACCUGAUCGUGGACCAAAGGGGAUGAUAUGGUUGCCGAGAAGGGAAUACAGUGCAGUACAAACAUGUGCGGACUUUUGGCAGGGUCUUAAAUGCACCUGGUCACCUUUUGUACAAAGAAUGAUGCAGGUGUCACCCUUGUACUAGAGGAUCUCAAAAUAAAAAUUGAGCCUCUCUCUGGUCAACUGUGGGUGUUGUCAUACCGCACACCCACACUUGUCUGCCUGUCCUCUGGCAUUCUUGAGUUUUGUUAUAAAUGAUAUCAGAAAAGAAAGAUUCCAUGUGGUGUAAUUCAAACGAGUUAUCACGAUUAUUAAUU